AUGGGAAAGAAGAAUAAGAAAAGCAAUCAGAACUAUUGGGAUGACGAGCCAUCAGAACCAGCUCAAGUAACAAAUGUAGUCGAGCAAGAAGAAGUGUCAUUCAGUCCAAAAAGUAGUGGCAAAAAAGGCAAGAAAGGCAAAAAAGGAAAGAACAUCACUCACAAUGGAUUUUCAACUGGCGCAUUCGGAGUACUAGGUGGAGGAGAUGAAGAUGACAGCAUGUGCCAAUUAGAGCAUAACUCCUCUGAUACAAAAGCGAAUACGGAUCUUAAUAACAAUCAGGCGGAAUAUGAAGAUCGAGAGCAGCAGCAACAACUCCUUAGGCCUGAACAAGCUACUUUUGGAUCCCGACAAAGUGGGUUCGGUGGCUCCCAACAUAACGCCUUCGGCGGAUCUCGACAAAGCGGGUUCGGUGGAUCUCAACAGAAUGCCUUCGGUGGCUCUCAACAGAAUGCCUUCGGUGGCUCUCGACAAAGUGGAUUCGGUGAACCUCAACAAAAUGCCUUCGGUGGCUCUCAACAGAAUGCCUUCGGUGGCUCUCGACAAAGUGGAUUCGGUGGAUCUCAACAAAGUGGAUUCGGUGGAUCUCAACAAAAUGCCUUCGGUGGCUCUCGACAAAGUGGGUUCGGUGAAACUCAACAUAAUGACUUCGGUGGAUCUCGACAAAGUGGGUUCGGUGAACCUCAACAUAAUGACUUCGGUGGAUCUCGACAAAGUGGGUUCGGUGGAUCUCAACAGGAUGGCUUCGGAGGAUCUCGACAAAGUGGGUUCGGUGGAUCCCAACAUGAUGGCUUCGGCGGUUCUCAAAACAAUGGUUUUGGCGUAUCUCAACAUGAUGAUUUUGGUGGAUCCCGACAAAGUGGAUUCAGUGCAUCUCAGCAGAAAGACUUUGGAGGAUCACGACAGAGUGGGUUCAGUAGUUCCCAGCAGCGAGAAAUUGGCGGAUCGCGACAAAACGGAUUUGGUGGGUCUCGACAGAGUGGUUUCGAGGAAACUCAGCAAAACGAAUUUGGAUCUCGACAAAGUGGCUUCGGAGGUUCCCAGCAACACGGAUUCUCUGGAUCCGAACAAAACGCCUUCGGUGGAUCUCAACCGCAUAUUAAUAGUGGGUCUCAGCAGAAUGAGUUAAAUGUACCUCAACAUAACGCAUUUGGUGGAUCCCGAAAAAGCGGGUUCGGUGGAUCUCAACAUAAUGCUUUCGGCGGAUCCCGACAGAGUGGUUUCAGUGAAUCUCAACAGAAAGACUUCCGCGGAUCCCGACAGAGUGGUUUCGAUGGAGCACAGAACGAUUUUGGAUCUCGACAAAGUGGUUUCGGAGGCUCACAGCAGAAUGUUUCGUCUGGUAUUCAACAAAAUGAUUUCGGAGGAUCUCGACAGAGCGGUUUCGAUGGAACACAGCAAAAUGAUUUCGGAUCACGACAAAGUGGUUUCGGAGGAUCCCAGCAGCAGGAGUUCCAUGGAUCUCAACAGGGUAGUUUUGUUGGAUCUCGGCAAAGUGUGAAUGAAGACUUAGAUGCGGAUUAUCAACAUAAUGAAAUUGCUUUAGGCGGCUCUCGACAAUCUGGGCUCUUAGAAGUACAACAAAAUGCGUUUGGAGGAUCUAAACAAAGUGGAUUCGCAGGAUCACGACAAAGCGGAUUUGGAGGAUCUCAACAGAAUGGGUUCAUAGAAACACAGAGUGGAAUCAGUGGUUCUCGACAAAGUGGAAUCAGUGAUUCUCGACAAAGUGGAUUUCUGGGAUCCCAGCACAACGCUUUUGGUGGUUCUCGUCGAAGCGGAUUUGAGGGAUCGCAGCAAAAUGCUUUCGGUGGAUCCCGACAUAGUGGUUUGACUGGAUCAAGAAACAGUGUCAAUGAUGGUUCUCAACGUGUCGGCUUGUCUGCCUCACAAGAAAACUUAGCAAGUUAUGAAGAGCAGGAACAAAAUUAUAACGAGGAUUACUCCAAUGAGAAAGUAUCCAUUUCAGAAUACAGCGUCCACAAAAAAAGUAUAAGUUCUCAGAGAUCAAGAUGCUCAAGUGUUAGUCAAUCCCGUUAUUCAAUUGGGAAUGCUGAAAAUCUUGACUCUCUCUCACGAGGAAGGUCUCAAGUUUCGGUUCUAUCCGAACAUAGUCGAAAGAACGCUAGAAGCCCAUCUUCUAGUCAAACUAAUCUUGAUGACAAGUUCUUGCAACCAGUGGAAACAAAUUCUCGGAGAUCAUCUAUUUCAAUACAUAGUACCAAUGAGCCAGAAGAGAGAUAUGGAAGCUUCGUCAACCCCCGCCGAUUGAGUACGAAUAGCUAUCAGGAUAAUUUCGAUGGAACACAUAAACCUUCUAUGGAAAAUGUUUAUGAACGGAAUGUUGAACAGUUCAAUCAGAUGCUGGGUGUGGAAAGUAAUAAUGGAAAUAGAUUCGGAAGUUGCCAGUUCGGCUCUGACUUCGAUCAACACUCGCACAGCAAGCAUGUAACCAAAUCAACGCACACUUUGCAAGGACAUGAUUUUUAUGAUAAAAGAAAUCAGCCUCUUGUCAAAACAAGCCGAACUGGUUCUCAUGUGAGCUUCUCUGGAAAUGCUCGAUUCCCAUCAGAUGGCGAUGAAGGUGAAGGAAUGGAUGAUUUUUCGGAAACACAGGUCCAGCUGAGAUCGAUGGUGAACGAUGAGAAGUGUACUAACCAUCGUUUGAGUAAACUUUCAAUCAACACGAAUGCUGAUGAGUUUGUUCUUGUUGGUGGUCAACCUCCUCCAGGAGUUGUUGAUGGUAGGGCUAGUUGUCCGGCAGGCCGUAGUCGCCGUUCUCGUAAGAUGAUGAGAUCCACAGAUUUUUUGACUGAUCAAAACGAACAGUUGGGUGGUUCUAUUCGGUCUACAAGUGCUAUGAGUCGACAGUCGCUUCGAUCAACAAAUGAACACGAGCUGAGAAAUAUUGGAAUUGAAGAAGAGGAUGGUGGAAAGUGCAGUCCUGAUUUCAAAACCCAGGGUUUCAGCAGUGCUGUACCUAGCAGAGCUGUGUCAAUCCAGAGUGUGGAUAAUUAUGUGAAAAGUUCCUCCAGCCUUCAUAAUGAUGAAAUUUCAAUCCCUCUGAACAGUGAUGAACAUAAAAAGUCGAAAGAUGUUCUCGAACCUAAAAUGGCAGAACAAGCGCAUUAUGGUUCCAGAAAGAGCGUUGUGAACCGUGAAAAUGGGGAUGACACAGAGGAGAACCUACUGAUCGCUGAUUACAAUAGCAGAUUAGAAAGUCAUUGGGAUUUAGGUCCAUCAAGCCGAUGUGCUUCAGCACUGUCCAGUAAAGAUACGAGUCAUUAUCAAAAUAUUCCGGAUAUUGUUAUCAUACCUCCUGAGGAGACAAGCCGACCAUCCGUACAAAGAUAUACUCCACCUGCUCUGAGAAAAGCUAGGAUGCGUUCGAAAUCAUCUGCUGAUAUAGUAAAGAACUAUUCCAAUGAUGAUGUUCCCCAGCCAAUCAUUUUUACUGACGCGCUAACUCCACAAUCGGUUGCUCCUAGAUCACGUAUUCAGAAAAACAAACCCGAGAGUAAGAAUUGUGAAAUUGCCAUCCAAACUGGAGAGACCAUCAGACUCCGCCAAAUGACUGAUUUCUCUAAUUACGAAUCAUCUACUGAUUUCCGAGCAAAGGAACUGGAACAGCCAAAUCUUGUGUUCAGUAGAAAUAGCAACCAACAUCCUGCUGCUGCUGUCAUCAACAACUUCUUCCAGCAACAAGGCUCUUUCAAUCACACUGGAAAUAAAUCUCAUCAUCAAGUCACAAUGAUUCAUAACGAUAAUGAGAACAGCCUCACUAGGAAUGCUCCUAGAGCUGAUGUAACCACUACGAGUUAUUACAAUCAGACUAGAGUGGAAGAUAUCCCGAAAAAACCAUGGGAAAUUCCAGGAGCUAUCGAAAUAGUCCCGAAAGAAAUUGCAGCGGAAAUGAGAGAUCAGGUACGUCCAAAUGUACUCGCUGAAGCUAAACAACCUCAGACUCCUAAUGGAUCUCGAAUUCAAAAAUCCAAAUUUGAUGAGUUUGAAAAGUACUCGAGAGAGGAUAACUCUUAUGACAGCUUGAGAAACGAUAAGCGUAAUUACACCUCACAGUCUAAUGGAUCGAACAGCAGUGGUUUAUAUAGGUGGACUGUUAACAAUCCAAAAUCUCAACAAAGAGUGCCAGAUGUUAGGUGGUCUGAUAAUCCAAAACGAGCACCGGGCUGUACUGUUAGAGAGUCAGUCAAGGCAGGACAAAUUAGGAAUCUUGCAUCCAUGUUCAAUAAUAUGCAAGCUAAGGCUAAGGAGGAAGAGGCUGUGCUGAAAAUGAAAUCUUCUUUCACUAACUCACAAGAUGAAAACAAUAAUGAAAGUCCUAACUUGUACAUCUAUGACCGCCAAAGCCAGAACAAUUCAGAAAAUCAUAUGAAAUAUAAUCCUGUCGAACUACAGUAUCAGGAAAGAAAGAUGUAUCUGAAUGAGCAAAAGUACUAUCCUGUUGAACCGGUUCCCGAGAAGAACCGCAAAAGCUGGGUUUAUUCAAAUGAUAUCGAUGGAGCUUUAUUGGACGUGAAUGAAGAAUCUGAUCAUGGAAGUGUCAUCGACAGAUAUCGAACUUCAACACCUUUGCACGAUUACAUGGAUCAUGACAAUAUGACUUCGCAAUUUUGCCGGAUACCAUCUAUAAGAUCAGAUGAACCACCUGUUACUGUCAGUAGAAAUCCUUCUAGUGUUCAUAGAGUUCCUUCGAAAGCAAGCGACAAGCAAUACAGUAGUGGAAGGCGCCCUGUUCAGGAAAAUGAGAACAUGCGUAGUAGCAACCAUUAUGCAGUUGUUGAUAAACAUCCUAAAAACAGUGGUGAUUAUGCUGAAAUUUGCUACAUGUCGGAAUCUCCUCGUAGUAAACGUUCCAGUAUCGAACGCUCCAAGCUUUCCAGUGGUGAUAAUAAUGGCUAUUCUGCCAUUAGAGAAAAGUCUUAUCGUUCUGAGCAACCCCUUCAACGGAGGCCAUCUCGAGGGGGAGAAUACGCCAGUCUCACAAAAUCUCAGAAGUAUGGAAGCAUCGUAGAAGACACUGUUAACGAACAAAUUGAUAAUCUUUUCGGUUUUGUUGAUGAACAAUCAAAACAACCACUUCAUCCUCCCCAAUCCCGUCAUGGUCUUCAUUACUCAAUCAGUACUUAUCGUGCUAUGCAAAGAUCUAACAAAGCUCACGAUGACGCCCCAAUUCGUUUUUCACCAGCUGUAGCACCACAUGCUUCCGAGUUAUCUGAAUGUUCGAUUUCUCGCUUAACGAAAAGAAAUUCUAAUGCAUCGAACUAUGGAUUGAUUAGCGCUCAUCGUUUUGGGGGACGCCCAGCUGAUUUAGUAGCUUCUACUCCAAAAUCCAGUCCAACUCAUCGCGCUCCACCUGCUCUUGAAGAAUCAUAUAUGAGCAGUAUAUCUGAAGGAAGUCGUCAUGAAGAGAGAAUGAACGAGUAUAAGAAACAGUUCAAUAAACUGGUUCACCAAUUAGAAAUGUGUCAUGAACAGAUGGAUAUGACUCAAAAAGCUCUUUUGAAAGCGAGGAAAGAAAAGAAGCAACUUUUGGAGGUAACUGCUCAGCGUAGUAUUUUGAUUGCUUCCCAGAGAGCUAUUCUCUUGAAAAGAGAACUUCAGAAUAUUCAAGCAGUAUUACAGCUCAAAAAACAACCUCCCCUUCUCAAUCAUGAGUUAAGAGGAUCCAUGUCGAUAUCUAAUAUCACUCUGAAUUUAAAUCGUGGAAUCUCUCAACGUGUUACUGAUAAUUCUUCAUUUGUGUUUGUUGUUCUGUUGAAGUGCGGCAGUGAGCUCGAAGCUACUGUACCAGUAACUUUGCUUAUAAACUAUCAAAGUCCUGUCAAACUUCAAUUCACUGAGAAAAUCAGCUUCCAAAACCUCCCAAUUGAUUUCAGUGUCGACUUAGAAGUAUAUGUUAUGGUUCUACCAGAAGUGAAGAAUGAUGAGAACUCUUGCGCGACUACAAUUGCUAAUAAAUGUAGGAAUUUGUUGGGUCCAAAUAGGAAAGCUCAUUCAAGUACAGGACUACCCGUUGGGGAGUUUGUUCGAGGUGGCUACCUUAGACUUGAUAGGGAAACGACAAGUUUCGAGAAGUUCUACUUAGAUGAUGCUCAAUAUCCUCUAGAAGGAACAAUUAGUGUUACAUCGUCUUGUACGAGUCUUCCUCAUGCUAUUGAAGUGGAUUAUAGAGGAUUUUUGACUAUGUACCAAUCUAUCGCUGGUGGGUCUUGGGAAAGAUACUGGGCUGUGCUACGUAGAGGCUCGAUAUAUUUUUGGAAGUACCCAGAUGAAGAUGCUAUGGGAAAACCACCAAGAGCCUAUUUGAAACUUCAAUCUUGUACUAAAGACGUAAUUACUCCUUGCACCUUGGACCAAUGCGCUCGAUCAUACACGUUCAGUAUUGAGAUAUUAGUAAACACAACGCCAUCAAAUAUCGAAAAGAAGAGAAUUGUUUUGGCUGCGGAUUCACGUGAAUUCAUGUGUGCAUGGAUUGAAGCAAUUAACGAAACAUUGAGUGUUAUUCGCGAACACUAA